GGGUGGACAGGUGGGGACAGAGGUGGAUGUGUACAGCUGUGUUCCGCGGCUCCUCGCGCCGUCACCGCCCCCCCGACGGAGUGGAGGGUCCAUGUCCCUGCCCUGUGUUCCGGCCUCGUCCGUAGGGAGCGCCGUCUCUCUCUGCAGAGACAGCUCUGGAUCCAAGUGGAAAAGGCACGCGUUUUGUUUUCUGGGCCAGGUUGAGAUGCCUCUGGGACCGGGAAGAGGCAGUCCGCUGAGGGCUCUUCCUGGGCCUUCUUUCCUCGGUUUUCACCCCAGGGGAUAGUGGAAGACAGGAUCCGAGGCCAAUUUCUCUGUUUCCCCAGUUGUCCGUAUUUGCAUUCCUUCUGGUGAGGGCUUCCCCACCCCCACCCUCAUUCCUAGACAUCCUGAAUGUAAAAUGAGGAAGACUCUCGAAGCUAUCAAGCUCCGCGGGUUUUUACCAAUUUGUUAAGCUUCGUAAAUGUGUGCAGAUCACUUGCUCACCUCCAAGCCCACCACCAUUAAUGGUGGUAGUGUUUGAAACCUAGUGAGUAAAGUGAUUUGGAUGCAGUAGGAAAGAUUACACACACCUCACUCUUUUCCCUUGCAGUUUCUGAGCUUUAUUAAUUUUUUAUAGUGUGUUUAUUUUGAGAGAGACGGAGACAGCACCAGUGGGGAAGGGCACAGAGGAGGGGAGGGCAGAGAGGAGGAGCGAGAAUCCCAAGCAGGCUCUGCACUGACAAUGCCCACACACUGACAGCGCAGAGCCCAAAUGUGGGUCCCAAACUGAGGAAGGGUAAAAUGACCUGAGUGGAAACCAAGAGUCGGACACUGAACUGAGUCAUCCAGGCUCCCCUGAACUCUAUGAAUUUUAAAUGUAUGAUUUUAGACAUCAGGUGGAUUUUUCAGUUGUGGGAGGUAAUUGUGCUUGACUUGAAGUGGUGAGUAAUGAAGGGGGUCGUGAGGAUGCAGUGGAAAAUGUUUUGGGCUACUAGAAGGCCAUUUCCAGUGCUGUGUCUGACACUGAUUAGGAUGAUUUUGAAUAAACCCCCACCAAGUGGGGUUCAUUCAUUUUUUCUACGUAAAAUUAACUAAAUUAUCUCAAAGGGCCCUUCCAAUUUGUAAAUUCAUUGAUAAAUGAAUUUAACUGAAAAAUCCAGCUGGGCCAAACCUAAUGCCCCAUCUCCAUUUCCCACACUGCCACCAGAAAGAUACUUACAUUAUUGAGAGAAGGUGUCAGAGGACCAAAGGAAACACUUAGAGAUCAGUGUUGAAGAGAUCCUAUGCAAUCAACCUAUCAGUUGUGGAGAAUACAUGGAAAGCAGAUCCAUGAAACCUUACUGUUUGCUGGGAGAUAUAUAAGUAACUUACCCAUAGACACAUAAUUUAUUUAUGUACCUUAAGGUUGUACUGUUAUAAUAUUCCUCCCAUUCUUACUCAGAUGUUUUACAAAUAACUUCACAGUCUCUUAAUUUAUAAAUGGCAUGCCCUUCCAAGUGUUGAAAUACCAGGCUUAAAAUGAAUUUGUUGAACGUUCUACAAAUGAACACAAAACUGACAUUGUAUUCAGACAUAUAUUUUAAAUGUCUAUGGGUUGCAAGGAACUACAUAAAGUGACUGAAGGGCAACGAUGACAGCAAAAGACAAGUCUACUCUUGAGGGGCAGUCUAGGUGAGAUAAGGCAUGAAAGCAUUACAAAGUAAAUUUCAGGGUAAAAGCUAUCAAAAAAUUACAUCUAUCAAACUAGAAAUGGAGACAAUUCAGUGAGUCUAAAGUCAAAAGAGGACCAGGUGCUGGCAUCAUUCAAGAAAUGUAAAAUAAAACCCAGUCUUUCUGUUGCUCUGCCCAGAAUAUGAGCACUACCACUCCAUGCAGGUCUGUUCAAGGGAGAGUGACUCUGUUCCUGACCUCAGCCCUCUGUCUUUGAGUUUCACUUCUUGGAGUUUCACUUCAUUUUGAUUCAUACUUCCCCCAGGAGGGAACAUGUCUAGGAACGUGUGCUUUCCCCCGUCCCUGCUUUUAGAACUUUGACCCAGAUGGCAAAGACCAAGAUGCCUUUUCCCUCAUCUUUAAAUGGCAGAGACAGAUGGAAUUUUCAGAUCUAUCACUAAAAAUGGAGAGAAAUGAGGAAAGAAAAUUUAAUAGUUGGAAGGUGAAGAUAAGAACAGCAACACAAGUGCUAACAAUCAGGAUAGCAAAAACUGGCCUCAUAAAACAUCUAGGACCUUAUUUGGAUCAAGUGAGCCAGUUCUUCGAACCUGAACAAUGACUGCUGAGUCAAGGGAUACCGCAGAUUUGUCUCCACAGGCCACCCAGGAGGUGGAAGGCAUAGUGAUGGUGAAAGUGGAGGCGGAAGAUGAAGAUGAGGAAGGCCAUUUUCAAAGGGGAAGAAAUAGCAUAGAAUUAUCCCCACAAUUUAUUAGUCGGUCCACAACCAUGAAUGAGAGAGCCUUAUUAUCAUCAUAUUUGGUUGCCUAUCGAGUGGCAAAAGAGAAAAUGGCUCACACGGCUGCUGAAAAAAUUAUUCUUCCAGCAUGUAUGGAUAUGGUACGUACAAUUUUUGAUGAUAAAUCAGCUGAUAAAUUAAGAACUAUACCCCUGGGUGAUAAUACAAUAUCUCGUCGAAUCUGUACAAUUGCAAAACAUUUAGAGGCAAUGCUUAUUACACGGCUGCAGUCUGGUAUAGAUUUUGCAAUCCAACUUGACGAGAGCAUGGAUAUUGCAAAUUGCCCAACACUCUUGAUUUAUGUCAGGUAUGUGUGGCAAGAUGACUUUAUAGAGGACCUGUUGUGUUGUUUAAGUUUAAAUUCACUUAUAACGGGAUUAGAUUUAUUUACCGAAUUAGAAAAGUGCAUUGUUGGUCAAUAUAAAUUGAACUGGAAAAAUUGUAAAGGAAUUUCAAGUGAUGGAGCAGCAAAUAUGACUGGGAAACAUAGCAGGGUUAUUGAAAAAUUGUUAGAAGUAACACAUAACAAGGCUCUUUGGAAUCAUUGUUUUAUUCAUCAAGAAGCUUUGGUGUCCAAAGGAAUUCCACCAGGUCUAACGGAUGUAUUGAAAAACGCAGUGAAAAUUGUUAAUUUUAUUAAAGGAAGCUCCUUAAACAGCCGACUUCUCGAAAUAUUUUGUUUAGAGAUUGGAGUUAACCAUACCCACUUACUGUUUCAUACAGAAGUUCGUUGGCUGUCUCAAGGAAAAGUAUUGAGCAGAGUAUAUGAACUCAGGAAUGAGAUUUACAUUUUUCUCAUUGAAAAGCAAUCUCAUUUGGCAAAUGUUCUUGAAGAUGACCUAUGGGUAACAAAAUUGGCAUAUUUGAGUGAUAUUUUUGGCAUUCUUAAUGAAUUACAUUUGAAAGUACCGGGGAAGAACAAUGAUAUAUUUCAGUAUCUUGAAUGUACUCUAGGAUUCCAAAAGACAUUAUUGUUGUGGCAAGCAAGACUUAAAAGCAAUCGCCCUAGCUACUAUAUGUUCCCAAUGCUGUUGCAGCAUAUUGAAGAGAACGUUAUUAAUGAAGACUGCUUAAAAGAAAUAAAAUCAGAGAUAUUGAUGCAUCUCACUUCUUUGUCUCAAACCUUUCAUCAUUACUUCCCAGAAGAGAAAUUUGAAUUAAUAAAGGAAAAUAUUUGGAUGAAAGAUCCCUUUGUAUUUCAAACCCCAGAAUCAAUCAUUGAGUUAAACUUGGUGCCCGAAGAAGAGAAUGAAUUAUUGCAGCUCAGUUCAUCCUUCACACUGAGGAAUUACUAUAAGACAUUAAGUCUAUCAGCAUUCUGGAUUAAAAUUAAAGAUGAAUUUCCACUGCUAAGUAGAAAGAGCGUAUUGCUGCUAUUACCAUUCACAACUACCUAUUUGUGUGAACUAGGAUUUUCCAUCUUGACACGAUUAAAAACAAAGAAAAGAAAUAGGCUCAACAAUGCACCUGACAUGCGUGUGGCCCUAUCCUCAUGUGUUCCUGACUGGAAUGAACUUAUGAACAGGCAAGCACACCCAUCACAUUAAGUGUGAUGAGAUGCACUUAAUGAAAAGUGCUAUGAAAUGUGGUUUUUGUACUUUUUAAGGGUUUCUUUGGUAGAUGGUAUUUAUUAAUAAAAUUAUAUUUGGAAUUUA